AUGCAUGUGCGACGUGUGACGUGGCUCUGCGUCACCCUCGCGUUUGUGUCCAGCUCCAGCGCUGUAUACGGCGCCAAGGACCCGCAACCGAAGCCUUCAGAAGCGACGUCGCCUGCCAAUGCACGUGACCAGGACCCGGUUAUCCAAGAGGUGCGGGGACUUCGGAAUGCCGGGAUGAAGCUCAACGAUGUCAAGGACUUUCGAGGAGCUACUGGGAAACUACGGGAAGCCAUCACGCUGCUGCACUACCGGGUGUUCGGAGAAGGUCGUCACGACGUGACGGAUCCGCAGGAUAUCUCCCAAGACGCGGCUCUGUACUCGCAGCUUUUGAACGACUACGGGUCGGUGUUGAUUCGAGGGGAGGAGUACGAUGAAGCCAUUGAAGUGCUGGAAGAUUCUGUGGCCAUGGUGCAGAAGAUCUAUGGAGACAGUCACCCUUCGCUUGGGUUGUCCCUGCGCAGUCUCGCAGACGCUUAUAUGGCCAAGAAGCAGUACCAGAAGGCUAUUGGCAAGUACAAGACGCUUCGUAAACAUGUCAAGCGAGGACUGGGGGUGACGCAUGAAGCGUACAUUGAAGCGUCGUUGAGGAUCGCAGAAGGGUACAAGAAGCUGGGCAAGAAGGAGAAGAACUUGAAGGUGCUUCGAGAGGCUGUGGAAGCUCAGGGUGGACAGAUCAAUGGACUGACGAGGGGCAUUGCCGAGCUCUACAUGGAACUGUCGACGGCACAUGUGGCAAUGAAUGAGAUUGAUGAAGCGCAGAGAGCUGCGGAAAUGGCGAGUGCGGUCUUUUUAGAGCGCGACGGCGAAGACACGCUGUCGUAUGCGUUCAGUUUGAACGCACUGGCUGGUGUCAAGAUGCGACAGCAGAAGGUGGACGAGGCAAUCGAGUUGCUGGAGCACGCACACAAGAUCGCGGUUGACCUGUACGGUGAACAUGACGCCAUCACGAAAGGUAGUGCUACGACGCUGAUGGAGGUGAAAAAGCACAAGUUGGAUUUGCAGGCGGAGAAGAACGAGCUAUAG